CUGAGACAAAUUCGGCGUGAGAGCAAGUGAUCGUCGCUUGGCUUAUUAAGUUGGAUGUCUACAUGGAAAUAUUAUGGAGGUGAUGAUUUUGAUACUAGCGACGAUUUUGAUACUAGCGACGAUAAUACUCUACGGAGACUUAUCAUAGUGUUACUGUUACCCCAAGCGUCCGAUGCCUAAGAUAAACAUGGUGGCGACGUCAGACUGGGUUCACUGUCAUCACUUUUGGAUAGGCGCACCUCCAUAUGCGGUUGCGCUCAGCCCCGAUGUCUCACCUGCAAGCCCAACUGCAGCCAGUGAGUGGACUGACAGUCUGACGCGGCGGCGGCGACGGUGACUUUCGGCGCCCAAAAGGAUCACCACCGUCGUCUACGGGAACGAAUGUGCUCCGUUGUGGCGUCUGGGCGGAAAGCCAUGUCUAAUCUGCUCCCUGGCACACGCGAGAGAGUCUUGGUCCCGUUUGGGAUGCCGCCUGGAGGCGAGCCAAAUUACCGGCGGGGCGAUUCACGCUUCCAGUCCGGGGUCGAGCAGAGGCAGAAAGAAACAAGCCAUUGGCGUCCGCCUCCCCGGAAAGGGGACUUGGGGAGCAGCUACGGAGCAGUUCCAGGGCGCGAUGAAGAAUUCCAGUUGUACGAUGCGGUGAGAGGGGCGCCCCCGGCAUUGGAUGAGGUGAGUCGAGGUGAGGCGAGGAAAGGGAUGCAGCGCGUCCCGCGGACAUGGAUGAUAAUACUUAGCGUGGGCUGCCAUCGCCUCACAUCGCCUCACAUCGCCUCCAGAGUCACUACCGAGCCAUCGUACAUAGUGCGUACAUACAUGGGACGUGACAGAGCCCCGUCCGGCCCUCACAACAUGCUGGGUGGACGCAUGACACUCGCUGAUGGAGUCGCUGGCUGCACGGGGUGGGCGACCACAUGCCGGCCUGGGCCAGCUCAUUGGAGCGGCGGCCAUCGUGAGGUGUGUACGGAAGCCGGAGAGGCCAUCGUGAUUGGGGGCAUGGCGGCGGCGAGACACGGCCCAGCUGUUGCGAACCGCCGGUUCUCAGGUACUUGGACCUCGUUAAGGCCGGCGAGGGAUGACAGACCGCCGGUGUGUGGUGUUUGUUAUCGCGACAUGGCGGGGUGGCUGCGAUCUGGAGCUGUCCAAGUGCAGGUAAUGGGUACGCAAGUGCGUGCGAGGUGCGUGUGAGAGCAGCGUGCCAUUGGUGGUGUCGUGAUCCAAAAGGAUGUGCCCCCCCCCGGUGUUAG